CAGUCUCUCGCUCGCGCGCUCUGGCGGGCGGGCUGAGCAGACGAGUCGAGCCCCCGCCGCCGCCGCCGCCGCCGCCGCCGCCGCCGGAGAAGCCUCGGCGUCCGCUCGGCGUCGCCUGAUUCCCGUAACCCCUGUGCCUCCCUAUCCCCGGCCGGGCCAUGGCGGAACGUGGAGGGGCGGGCGGUGGUCCCGGAGGCGCCGGGGGCGGCAGUGGCCAGCGGGGCUCUGGGGGCGCCCAGUCUCCGCCGCAGCAGCCACCGCCGCAGCAGCUGCCGCAGCAGCCGACGCCCCCCAAGCUGGCCCAGGCCACCUCGUCGUCCUCGUCCACCUCGGCGGCGGCCGCCUCCUCCUCGUCCUCGUCCACCUCCACCUCCAUGGCCGUCGCGGUGGCCUCGGGCUCUGCGACUCCCGGCGGCCCGGGGCCAGGCCGCACCCCCGCCCCCGUGCAGAUGAACCUGUACGCCACCUGGGAGGUGGACCGGAGCUCGUCCAGCUGCGUGCCCAGGCUGUUCAGCUUGACCCUGAAGAAACUUGUCAUGCUAAAAGAAAUGGACAAAGACCUUAACUCAGUGGUCAUCGCUGUGAAGCUACAGGGUUCAAAAAGGAUUCUUCGCUCCAACGAGAUCAUCCUUCCAGCCAGUGGAUUGGUGGAAACAGAGCUCCAGUUAACCUUCUCCCUCCAGUACCCUCAUUUUUUGAAGCGAGAUGCCAACAAGCUGCAGAUCAUGUUGCAGAGGAGAAAGCGUUACAAGAACCGGACCAUCCUGGGCUAUAAGACCCUGGCCGUGGGGCUCAUCAACAUGGCAGAGGUGAUGCAGCACCCGAACGAAGGCGCCCUGGUACUCGGCCUGCACAGCAACGUGAAGGAUGUCUCCGUGCCGGUGGCAGAAAUAAAGAUCUACUCCCUGUCCAGCCAGCCCAUCGACCAUGAAGGGAUCAAAUCCAAGCUGUCUGACCGCUCUCCUGAUAUUGACAAUUAUUCUGAGGAAGAGGAGGAGAGUUUCUCAUCAGAACAGGAAGGCAGUGAUGACCCACUACACGGGCAGGACCUGUUCUAUGAAGAUGAGGAUCUCCGGAAAGUAAAGAAGACCAGGAGGAAGCUAACCUCAACGUCUGCCAUCACAAGGCAACCUAACAUCAAACAGAAGUUUGUGGCCCUCCUGAAGCGGUUUAAAGUUUCAGACGAGGUGGGCUUUGGGCUGGAACACGUAUCCCGAGAACAGAUACGAGAAGUGGAAGAAGACUUGGACGAGCUGUAUGACAGUCUGGAGAUGUACAAUCCCAGCGACAGUGGUCCCGAGAUGGAGGAGACAGAGAGCAUCCUUAGCACGCCAAAGCCCAAGCUCAAGCCCUUCUUUGAGGGGAUGUCGCAGUCCAGCUCACAGACGGAGAUUGGCAGCCUCAACAGCAAGGGCAGCCUCGGCAAAGACACCACCAGCCCUAUGGAAUUGGCUGCUUUAGAAAAAGUCAAAUCUGCUUGGAUUAAAAAUCAAGAUGACAGCUUGACUGAAACAGACACUCUGGAAAUCACUGACCAGGACAUGUUUGGAGACGUGAGCGCAAGUCUGGUUGUGCCAGAGAAAGUCAAAACUCCGAUGAAGUCCAGUAAAACGGACCUCCAGGGCUCCGCCUCUCCCAGCAAAGUGGAUGGGGUGCACACCCCCCGGCAGAAGAGGGGCACUCCCCUGAAGGAGCGGCAGCUCUCCAAGCCCCUGAGCGAGAGAACCAACAGCUCCGACAGCGAGCGGUCCCCAGACCUGGGCCACAGCACGCAGAUUCCAAGAAAGGUGGUAUAUGACCAACUGAAUCAGAUCCUGGUGUCGGAUGCAGCCCUCCCAGAAAACGUAAUCCUUGUGAGCACCGCUGAUUGGCAGGGCCAGUACGUGGCAGAGCUGCUCCAGGACCAGCGGAAGCCCGUCGUGUGCACGUGCUCCACGGUGGAGGUCCAGGCCGUGCUGUCCGCCCUGCUCACCCGUAUCCAGCGCUACUGCAACUGCAACUCCUCCAUGCCGAGGCCGGUGAAGGUGGCAGCGGUGGGCGGCCAGAGCUACCUGAGCUCCAUCCUCCGCUUCUUCGUCAAGUCGCUGGCCAGCAAGACCUCCGACUGGCUGGGCUACAUGCGCUUUCUCAUCAUUCCCCUCGGUUCUCACCCGGUGGCCAAGUACUUGGGCUCCGUCGACAGUAGGUAUAGCAGUACCUUCCUUGAUCCUGGCUGGAGAGAUCUGUUCAACCGCUCAGAGCCCCCGGUGUCAGAGCACCUGGACGUGGUCGGGCGGGUGAUGCAGUACGUCAGCGGCGCGGGCGUGACACACCAGCUGCCCGUGGCGGAAGCCAUGCUGACCUGCAGGCACAAGUUCCCUGAUGAAGACUCGUAUCAGAAGUUUAUCCCCUUCAUUGGCGUGGUGAAGGUGGGUCUGGUCGAAGACUCUCCUUCCACUACAGGCGAUGGUGAUGACUCACCCGUGGUCAGCCUUACUGUGCCCUCCACGUCGCCGCCCUCCAGCUCAGGCCUGAGCCGAGACGCCAUGGCCACCCCUCCUUCCUCCCCGUCCAUGAGCAGCGCCCUGGCCGUCGUGGGGAGCCCCAGCAGCCCGUAUGGGGACGUGAUUGGCCUCCAGGUGGACUACUGGCUGGGCCACCCUGGGGAGCGGAGGAGGGAAGGUGACAAGAGGGACGCCAGCUCCAAGAACACCCUCAAGAGCGUCUUCCGCUCGGUGCAGGUUUCCCGCCUGCCCCACGGUGGGGAGGCCCAGCUUUCUGGCACCAUGGCAAUGACUGUGGUCACCAAAGAGAAGAACAAGAAAGUUCCCACCAUCUUCCUGAGCAAGAAGCCUCGAGAAAAGGAGGUGGAUUCUAAGAGCCAGGUCAUUGAAGGCAUCAGCCGCCUCAUCUGCUCUGCUAAGCAGCAGCAGACCAUGCUGAGAGUGUCUAUCGAUGGAGUCGAGUGGAGUGACAUCAAGUUCUUCCAGCUGGCAGCCCAGUGGCCCACCCACGUCAAGCACUUUCCAGUGGGACUGUUCAGUGGCAGCAAGGCCACCUGAGGGCACUGUCUCCUGGCUAC